CAGAAUAGCGAGUUCUGGAACCCAUGCUCAGAAGUUUAAACAUACAUAUAAGCUCCAUCAAGUUUCCUUCAUCAUUUCACUUUGCGUGUCCAAUUCAAGCGAUCAUCACUUUGACUACUACCCCGCCAAUAUUCAUAUUCUUGGCACUCAAAAAUCAAUCAGCAGUGGCCAUGGCGUCACGAUAUUCGGCAGCGCGCCCCAAGCGCGACGGCGAGAACUUUGCGCGUACCCAUCAUAACGAAGACGGCGGCGAUUCUAAGAGAGUCAAGUUUGACGUACGAAAUCCCUCCACGCUUGCGCCUGACGCUCGCGAAGAAGAUGCUAUCCUCGAUGCCGAUGUCAUUGGUGUAUCUGGAGCUACGAAGCGUGGAGCUGUCAAUCUAGAUGGUUAUGAUAGUGAUUCAGAUAACGAAACCUUCAAUGCACGCGCCGAGAACCGCAAGCGGGGCAAAGUCGACAUUCUUGAGCAGCUCGAUAAUUACGACGCCACCAAUCCUGACCCUGCAGCUCCGGGUACUGCGGCCGGUGAUGAUGAUGACGACGACAUGUUUGCUGCGGACGAUGCUGAUGGGGAAAAGGAGAUCCCCGAGGAGGGAGACUUCGAUAAGAAUGGUCGCAAGAAGGACAAAGUUCGGUUCCUAGAUGCGGAUCAAAUCGAUGGCGUGGACAACACCAGCAGAGACAAGGGGGGCAUCCGACUCGACGAUGAAAGCAGCGACGACGAGGCAGAUGUAGACCUAGCCAUACAAGAAGAGGGCAUCGAUGAAGAAGUUGGGGCUGGAGGUCUCAAGAAGAACGCCCCCAAAGUCGAAGCAUUCAACCUGAAGCAAGAAAUGGAAGAGGGUCAAUUCGACCAAGAUGGCAACUACGUUCGCAAAGGUGGCGACCCUGACGCCGUACAUGACAACUGGUUGGAAGGUCUCAGUAAGAAGGAGAUGAGAAAGGCAGCCGCCGCGCAUGAGAAGCGCGAGGCUGAGGCACGAAAGCAGCGCCUAGAGGAUGACGAGGUCCUCGUGUCAGAUUUGCUCAAGACUCUGAUACUCAAUCUCGAGCGCGCUGAGACGCCACUCGAGGCUCUAGCCCGACUCGGCAAAAAGCAAACAAAGCCUAAAAAGAUCCCGAAAUGGAAGCUCAAGAAGAUGAACAAGGGUGCUGAAGGCAUGGAAGUUGAUGGCGGUGAGAACAUCGAGGAUGCGGAGCAAAAGAAGAUCAAGGCAUCAAUUGAUGCCAUCACAGAAGCUGCAGAUAAGCUGUUAAGCCGGGAUCAUGAGGAGAUUUACGAACAAGAGAGAGAGCUCCUCGUCCGAGAAUAUCGUAAGGAGACAGGAGAGGAUUGGGUGGAACCAGAAGCUUCACAGACAAACCAGGAUGAGCAGGCGGCGGUGAAGCCGGGAACAAUGUGGAAGUUCCGAUGGGUAGAUGGACGCGACGGAAACGACAGUCAAGGGCCAUAUGACGGGGCCACAAUGAAGGCGUGGAAGGAUGCUGGGUACUUCCCAGAGGGCGCGGUCGAGUUCCGAGAGGUUGAGGAGGGCCGGGACUGGUCUUUACAUGUCGAUGCUUUUGAGUGAAGGCAUUACAACGGGACGGGAUGUCAGUCGAGAAACGAAAUUAAGGUAGUGCGGGCUGAACAGAUAUCUGGUGUGGUUCGGCUCCGGUCUCUAUCGCAAAAUGAUUGGCAACGAGCGAGUUUCAGCUUAAAAGGGCACCUGCAGCGGUCUUUCUCGUGUUCCGGAUAUGGACAUCCGCUGGCUCAUGUUCUUGUGUAUGGAUGCUCUCACAACCAGUCAUAUGUGUACAGAGGUCAGAGAGAACAAAACGGGCUGUAAGUGGGCGUUUCAAACCCGACGGCAUGAUGGUGAGUGGAUCCCGUUUCACGUCAAAUACUUACAGCCUGCAUGGGAAAGACUGCAUGGCACAGAUAGCUUCGGCUUUGUGGCUCCGAAUCUGAAGACAAGAUUGAAAAUCGAGUUAGAUAGCCACAUUAUCUGGCCACUUGGAGGAAGUGGGCGAUGAUCAUGCGGGCCUGACGAGGCUUGGCCGCUGACUGGUUUCAUAAGGUCAAUGGUCGAGAAUCAUGAUGGUGCAUGAUGGUGCCGCGGGAAGAUGACGAAAGAGGGAAACUAGAUGCCAAAAAGACCAUCAAAGGGUUGGAAAGAUCUAGGAUAGACGGACAUGAUAGGGCAUAAUGUGGCAAGUCGUUCCUGGGGAUCCCGAAGUGCGCCGGGAACGGGUGAGGCCGGGCGAGUGGGAUCUCGAAAAAGAGGCUGAAAAGCCGGGGCAGCGAAUAUGGAGUAAGAUGAUGGGGACGUCUGGGGAUAAUGAUGGGGUUGUAUGGGGUUAUACGGAGGGACGGACGAGGUUGGUACCUACCAUGUGCCCUGGCAUGCGAGGCUUGAGCCGAUCCAAGCCCGUGAUCCCGUGAUGCUCCGGUACGUGGAGCGGAAGCCGGGGCCGCAGCCGUAGCCGAACGGUCAAGCACCGAGGGAGCAGGAGGUUGACUCCCGGAGACGAACGGGCUAGAUCGGAGGAGCAGGGAUUGUUCGGGAAUGAUGUAUGUCAGAAGUUGCAUCUCAGUAUGUAAGUGAAAUGUAAGGGUUCGGAAUCCAUUCGACGACGAGUUUUCGUACGUAACAUGAUGAGAGUCUAUGUGGGCUUGACCUUGAAACAAUGUCGAUCAAGGUCUCUCGGCAUUGAUAUUAUCAGUAGUAUUGGGUGUUUCGAGUAAUGCUAGAAGGAUCGAUAUCAUGAACUGAUAUUGCAAUGCGUACAUGUAUGUUUGGGUGUGCUGUAUGUGGCUAGUCCAGGUCCAGGUCAGAUUGACACUGGAUUCGCUCAGGGAUCAUGGUGGAGGUGAUCGAGCAAGCUACUGCUGUCCAUAGGAAUAGGCAGGGCAGGGGUUCGGUCAGCCCAGGCGGACUCAGGUCAGGAGAGGUUCGAUCUCAGGUGAGGAAUCUCGGUGAGAUUCAAGAUAGCUACUGAGGAAUAUGAGACCAUAAGGGUCCGUGGUUUUAUGGAAUCGUAGGCACGAUAUGAUAGGGCUCUGACAGAUUCAGGGUCUCCAUUUUUGGUGAUUGGAAAUAGAUGCUGGACACACCCAGGGGUCUCGACAAAGGCCCGAUGUCAGAUAAGCGGGUUUUGUUUUGGCGAUGGAAUUGACAUUACAGAUGGCAUGGACUGAUCUGAUGUGAUGUAGUAGAGAACAUAGCAACAUUAAGGAGAAGCGAAUACAGUCGGUCCGCGAAAGCUCGUGGCCUACCAACGG